UAGACAGCGAGCUCCCAGUCAUAGAGUACACAUCGCUAUAUGCGCACGGGCAGCGCGCGUAUUUCUAGAUUUCUAUUGUUUUUUUUCUCGUAUGCGCAAAGUUUACUCGUAUUAAAGUCCAGUGGAACGAAGUGAUAUGAACCGGUUCUAGUGAUCGUGCAUUUGUUUACAAUGAAGUGACGUUUGGGAUUUUUAUUGCAGACUGACAGCGCAGGACCGUAAUUAGAUCGCCAUAUAUGUAGAAAAUUAAAUAGAAAAACUUAGACAAAAUGGCGGAGGUCAGCAAACACAUGUUCGAGCAAGCCUGCUCCGGCCUGGAGUGUCACUACAUGAUGCACCCCUGGAACGAGAGCUGCCUGAAGGCUAUACCGCACACCGCUAAAGCCUCCCUCAUUGGAAGUGCCAAAUUCUACUCUGUUAUCUAUUUGGCCCAAAUAGCGAUGAGAGGCGCCAAGAUGCUGCGCAGCAAGGAGGAGUGGUUCCGGAUGGGCGAGUACUACGCGCGGUCCACGGCGCUGGGCUUCCUGGUCUGCGGCUCCGCGCCCGUGCUGGGCUGUGUACUGAGGAGACUAACCGGCGACAGGUUCGGCUAUUACACAUACUUGCUGGUCCCGAACAUGAUCAACGGGCUCUCGAUCUACCUGGAGCCCCCGCACCGCAGGGGGCUCGUCAUCAACUUGUUCUGUAACUUGAUGAUUGAAUACUGGCUCAGAACAUUAGAAAAGGCAGGCUACUUAGUAAUGAAUAAAUCUAAACAAACGUUUUUGUUCAUGAUCGGUAGUGCUGCUCUGUUCUAUCUAAUGCGGCUAGAAGGAGACAAAGAACAUAGGACACCUUUAUUUUGGUUAUUCACACCAGAAAAGGUUAAACGGAAAACUGAAGACUCCAAAGGUGCAUGUCCACACAAAGGUCCCUGUAAUAAGCACAUAUUGAAGGGUUUCACGAAGCUCUUCGGCGCUGGAGCGGCGAUAACCCUGGCCAGGCUGGUGCUCCCGAGGCUACGGCACCCGGCCCGGGCCUUCGCCUCCAUCAGGCCACACCACUUCAAGAUGGCCAUGUUCUUCGGAAGCUAUAUCGGUAUUUACAGAGCUAUCAUCUGCUACCUGUGCCGUAGACGAGGCUACGACUCGGCACUGUACGCGCUGCCAGCCGGGUACGUCGCCGGACUCGCGUUCUACUUCAACCCUAGUGUUGGGUUCUCCAUUGCUGCUGUCACUGCUGCAGCCAAGUUGUACUCCACAAUCCUGUACGAGAAGCGUCUGCUGCCAGCCUCGGUGCCUCUCCCCGAGCUGCUGUACUGCGCGUGCCAGGGGACGCUGUUCCACGCGCGCUUCAUGCACCCGGAUGUUUGUCCCAAGUAUACGUUUAACUUGAUGAAGAGCGUCAGCAAUGGCUGUACGGAGCUGCUGUAUGCUAAUAUGUUGGAAGCAUUAAAGAAGACAGCGUUUUAAGGGACAAUCCUGUUACAAUAACAUUAUAAACGAGCAAGUCAUCUAUUAGGUCACGAAAAAACUGUAUAUUUCUGAAAUUUGGCAUGUAACUAGCUGCUGAAACAUGAAAAAAAUGGAUUAGCACAUAGUACAGUGCCACAAACUUAUCUGUUCCGGUGAGAGCUCACGUAAAUGUCUAAUAUUUCGUCAUUCUUAAAUAUGUAAGUCCCGUAAUGGUAAUUUACGAUUGCGGAUUUAAUAAGCCCAUCUAAUCUAUAUCGAUACAUAAUUUAUUAGUAAAUAAUGAGAUAUGGACCAAUUUAGUCAUCUCUCAUCGGAACAGAUAAGUUUGUCGCACUGUAGGUACUUUUUAGAAAAAAAACUUACAGGAAAAGCUUGUUACUAAUCCAAAUUAACGUCAAGCUAUAUUUAACGUAGACAACUUGAUUUUGUAUUAAGUAUUAAAUACGGUAGUAACAAAAAAUAUAAUUACUAAAGGUUCCUGUAAUUUAUUAGUUUGUAGGUAGGUAAUUGGUAUUCCUGUUAUUUAUUAGUUGGAUUGUUGGUAAAGAUAAUAAAAUUAUUAUAAUGUAAAUAA